CGCAGCUGGGGGCGGGGCGGACUCAGCGGACCCGUGGGCCACCUGGGUCUUGUCCUAGUUGGAGGUGGCCUGCGGCCCUCGGUUCCCUCAGCUCCCGUAGCUCUGGCGGAGUCUGCGCGAUGGGUGACCCGGAAAGGCCGGAAGCGGCCAGGCCCGAGCAGGAUGAGAUGAUGAUAUGCAGACUAAAUGACUUGCCUGAAAACAUGAAUAAUACUAUGCACUUAUUAGGUUAUCUUCAGAUACCAACGAAAAUGAAGCCAAGUCAGAUGAAGAGCCACUCCUGAGAAAGAGUUCUCGCCGAUUUGUCAUCUUUCCCAUCCAGUACCCCGAUAUUUGGAAAAUGUAUAAACAGGCACAGGCAUCCUUCUGGACAGCAGAAGAGGUUGACUUAUCAAAGGAUCUCCCUCACUGGAACAAGCUUACAUCAGAUGAGAAGUAUUUUAUCUCUCACGUCUUAGCCUUUUUUGCAGCCAGUGAUGGAAUUGUGAAUGAAAAUUUGGUGGAGCGCUUUAGUCAGGAGGUGCAGGUUCCAGAGGCUCGCUGUUUCUAUGGCUUUCAAAUUCUCAUCGAGAAUGUUCACUCAGAGAUGUACAGUUUGCUAAUAGACACUUACAUCAGAGAUCCCAAGAAAAGGGAAUUUUUAUUUAAUGCAAUUGAAACAAUGCCAUACGUUAAGAAGAAAGCAGAUUGGGCCUUGCAAUGGAUAGCAGAUAGAAAGUCUACUUUUGGGGAAAGGGUGGUGGCCUUUGCUGCUGUAGAAGGAAUUUUCUUCUCGGGAUCCUUUGCUGCUAUAUUCUGGCUAAAGAAAAGAGGUCUUAUGCCUGGACUCACUUUUUCUAAUGAACUCAUCAGCAGAGAUGAAGGCCUUCACUGUGACUUUGCUUGCCUGAUGUUUCAAUACCUAGUAAAUAAGCCUUCAGAAGAAAGAGUCAGGGAGAUCAUUGUUAAUGCUGUUGAAAUUGAGCAGGAGUUUUUAACAGAAGCCUUGCCAGUUGACCUCAUUGGAAUGAAUCGUGUUUUGAUGAAACAGUAUAUUGAGUUUGUAGCUGACAGAUUACUUGUGGAACUUGGGUUCUCAAAGGUUUUUCAGGCAGAAAAUCCCUUUGAUUUUAUGGAAAACAUUUCUUUAGAAGGGAAAACAAAUUUCUUUGAGAAACGAGUUUCAGAGUACCAGCGUUUUGCAGUUAUGGCAGAAACCACAGAUCACGUCUUCACCUUGGAUGCAGAUUUUUAAAACCCUCCCCAUAUCUAAACCUGUCAUUGGUAAAUAGCAGUCUAUUUUUCUCUGCUUUAAAAAAAAACUUUAAGUAUCUCCUUUAGGGAAUAAGAGUUGGCUCAAAAGGAAUCCAAAACCCAAUUGCAAUCAAGUUGGAUUUAUAUAAAUACACUGUAAUUUUCCUAACAACCAGAGUGUGACCUAAAUGCUUUUAUUUUGUCACUAAAAUAUAAGAUGGCAUUAUGUAGUGGUUAACAGCAUGGGGCGAGGGGUCAGAUAGGAGUUUGAGAAGCUGUCCUUACUACUUUGUGUGACCCUUGGCAAGUCAGUUAAUCUCUCUAAACCUCAGUGUACUUAUCUUUAAAACGAGUGUAGCCGUAGGUCCUAAAUUCAUAGAGUGGAUACAAGGGUUAAGGCACAAAAUAAGUGCUUGGCCAAUACUACCACCACCACCACCACUACUGUGACUGCUUAUUAUUAUCAUCAUUAUUGUUGUUUUAAUUACAGUGAUGUUGUGAUACGAUGCUCCCAUCUCCUCAAAGUAAUUUGGAUUCUAGGUCCUAAGAUCCAGGAUUAGAUCUUUGUGUGUUUAAUGUUUGAGGAAGAAUAUAAAGAUUUCCUAAAAAAUAUUAUAAUUCUCAUUAACUCGAGAAGAACUUCUUUGAAUUCUUCGGUAUGUGUGAAGGAAAUUUAGUUCUUAGUUGCUUGGGCAAGAUACUUAUGGAGUGGAAUUCAGGAGGUUAUCAUGGUAGUUGUAAGCAAAAGGAUUUUCUGCUCCUUCUCAAGUUAAAAAGGUAACUAUUGCCAGACAUAGCCCUGGAAUGUUUAAAACCAGAGUGAAUUAGUUAGAAUAGCAUUUCCCAAAGAGUAUUCCAAGAGCUGUCAGCCCCUCUAGAUAUUUGUGGGGAAAAAAAAGGGAUUCUGUGGUCCAAUGAGUUUGGGAAAUGCUGUACACUCCGUUCCUCUUUAGAAUGUACAGUCAGUACAUCGCAGACUGAGAAAUUCUGCAGUAUGUAAACUUAUUUCUCAUUGCAUAGUGCAAACUUACUUAACACAGAUCUGUUUUUCACCUCUCAACAUCUCACCUAACUAGUGUUCCUCAGAACAUAGUUUGGAAAAGGCUGCCCUAGAACCAUUUUAUACAUAGAAGAAGGGCUGUGGGCGAAGCUAGGGAGAACCUGGUUGGGAUUAUUGAACCAUUUCAAAUUUGUGCCAAGCUGUGUAAUGUACCUGUGAUUGACCUUAGCUGUUUUUCUUUAAUAUUCUUAAAACUCUUUUAUGCCAUUACUGAAAUAUAGUUCUUUUCAUGGAACUGUGCAUGCUGCAUGAUAGCAGAUGUGGAGGGAGACGGAGGUCUCUGUGGAGGAGAUUGAGGAAAAGCCAGGAGCCAAGGUCUCUGAGAAGUCUGCCCCUCUGUGUCAUUAGGAAGUGUCAAGAGGUAGCCUGAGCUCCAGCAAGCAGUGGUUCCCCACUCACAACAAACUGCUUUAUAAAAUGCUGGAAGCUAAAAAUUAGAAAUUUUCUCUUUGCGUAACUUUUUGCUCUGUUCAUGCCACAACUAUCUAAUUGAUUAAAAUUGGGAGUUUUCAAGUGAAUGCAAAAGGAG